UUAUCCUCCUGUCUCCAUCCCUUAAGCUUUCCUUUUACCUUUCUUUCCUAGAGCGAUGUCCUAUUGGCGCUGCCAUCUUCCCGUGAUGUCUGAUUCUUCAUAGCCGUCUCCUGAGGAUGGCUAAUGUCAUACUCCAAUACCCUCCUGGAAUAGCUUUAAGUUGGUCCUUUAGGAUCCAGUUGUCUUAACCCCUAAAUUAGUGACUCGCUCAACCAAUAGAUCCUAAAGAGCCAUGAGUAAAGGCUGUUACACCUGCCGUCGCCGACGCAUCAUCUGCGACAAUGGCCUCCCCACGUGUCGAAAAUGUCGGGAUGCGGGGAAAGAAUGCUUGGGCUACCAGAAACCCCUCGUCUGGGUGAAGGGUGGUGUGGCUAGUCGGGGAAAGAUGAUGGGGCGCAGCUUUGAUGAUGUGGUUCAAGGCUCAUCGAACUGCAAAAAUGACGAUUCUUCCGUCACCCCCGAUCCCACGCUUUCCGCGAUGGACGCACAAGGUCAGGACAGUUCGGAUACUAGUCCGUGCGAUGUAUCCCACACGCCACCUAUUGAUAGCACUCCUGAUGUGGCGCAAUUGGAAAACAAUUCCUGCUUGGUGGGAUCAGAGACAACUAUUCCCGUCCUGGACUGUGUCCCUUCUCCGCGGGGCAUGGUUGACCCGUUAUUCAAAGACUUGAAUCCGCUAUCAAGGUUCUAUAUUUCACACUUCAAUCAUAAUGUAGUGGGCUGCCUCGCACUAUAUUCCAAUGUUCGGAAUCCGUAUCGGGAUCUGACAGUCUUGGUGGGCGAUUCUCCGGUUCUCGCCCUUGCGCUUGCCGCCACUGGGGCUUUACACUACGCGCUGUUAGCCAGCAGCGACUUCUCACCAACACCAUGGUUGUCGAACGGCGCUUCAGUCACUGGGGCCCUGCCAUCUCCCCAAGACGUUGAAAAGGCUGUGAUCAGCUCCAUGUCGCGACGCCCGGCUUCCAAGUUUUACGAACAUUUCCUGGGAUUGAAACAACGCACGCUUCGUCAACUGUCGCUGGACUUGCAAGACCCUAUCAAACAAAACGAUACCAGGACUUUGGCUGUGAUCAUGGUUCUUGCUCUUAUAGAUGCCAUUGAGUCGGGCGACGGCGCAUGGAAAUACCAUUUAGAAGGCGUAAAGAAACUGUUAGUGAAACGGCAAAACAAGAGCCCUUCCAGUCCGACUCAACGCAUAAUUGACUGGCUGGAUGCAUUUGUCGUUGAUGGUUGCCUCGUCAUGCAAGUCAUGGGCGCGACUCUCGCACGGCCAGGCUCCCUUUCCAAGCCCUUUUACUCCUCAGACAUGGGCCCAGAAGCCCUGAAACGCCUCGAACAAACCUCCUGGACAGGAUGUCCAGCCUACCUCCUCGAAGUCAUCUUCUUCGUCCACGAAGGCUGGUGCCCAGAUUCCGACCCAGACACCAAACCACCAGCCAUGAAUUACUCCUCCACCUUCUUACCAAAAGGUUCAAACCCCUUCGAAUCGCCCGCAGCCCUCCUCCAGCACAUCCAAGCCUUCGAUCCAGUUGCCUGGGCCGAAGAUAUGCAAGGCUUCCUUUACCUCCCCGAUCUAUCUGUGCGGACCGCUCUAGCCACUAUCUGGCGAGCCGCCGUCUACCUCUACACAGGUCGAGUCCUCUCCCGCCCUCGGUACCACGGCCGUGCAACAUCCGACUCCUACGGCCUCCCACCAGAUCACAAAGCCGUCACCAACUUGCUCAUCCAAAAGAUCCCCCUAAUCCCGGUUGCAGACGCACACUUCAAAUGCCUCAUCUGGCCCACUUUUAUAGCCGGUGCAGAAUGCACUGAUCCCUCCCACCGACCAUUCCUCCUCCAAACGCUAAGUGCUAUCUACUACGACGUCACAUCCGUGAAUGUCCGCAACGCAGCCUGGGUCCUCAGUCUAAUGUGGCAGAAACGAGACUCGCGACGAGCUCAGCAGCAGGAGCAGGCCAAUACCGAUGAUCCGUCGGAUUCUUCACCUUACGAUGAUGACGAUUUCGAUUGGAUUCAAGAAUUGGAUGAUUCUCGGAUCGAUUGGUUGUUUAUAUGAGAUGCAAAAUUUGCACGUAUAUAUUAAUGCCUAUAUUAUCAUGAGUAUGAUGUUAUGUAUGUACAUAGUCACUAGGAUAUAAAUUUCUUUGCACUGGAUAUAGUAAUUUUUUUCCUUGCCCUAUAGGUACUUCUGUUGUUCAAGAGAAAAUUCUGAAUGGUAGGUAGUCAAACUAAUCUUGCAUUGGAAGACAUGGUAGAAAG